GUUUAGCUGGUGUCUGGGAGCAGAAAAUGUGCAGAGUGAGCGGCUGAUAGGAGAGGAGGUCGCAGAGCAGAGAGGGAAACCCUGCAGAGGAUCAGCUUCUGGUUCCCGGACUGCAGAGACAUUUCAACAUGGAGGUGUGGAAAAGCUAGAACUUCAGUGCUGAAAGGGUGGAUCUAUCAGGAGACGGAGAACGCAAAGCUUUCAAGGAGUGUGGACUCGUUUACAGUCGCAGGAGAUGGGUGAGACGGAGGAUGAGCGAACGGCUCAGGCCAGUCAGCUCUUUGAGAACUUCGUCCAGGCCUCGACAUGUAAAGGAACCCUGCAGGCCUUCAGCAUCCUCUGCAGGCAGCUCCAGCUGGAUCCUUUGGACCACUGCAACUUCUACAGUUCCCUUAAGGCGGCCGUCAGCUCCUGGAAAGUCAAAGCCUUGUGGACAAAAUUGGACAAACGGGCAGAGCAGAAAGUUUACAAUCAGAAUAAAGCCUGCACAGGAACAAGGUGUCUGAUCAUCGGCAGCGGGCCCUGCGGUCUGCGGACGGCCAUCGAGUUGGCUCUGCUGGGCUGCAAAGUGGUGGUGAUCGAGAAGAGGGACACCUUCUCCAGAAACAACGUGCUCCACCUCUGGCCCUACACCAUCCACGACCUCAGGGCGCUCGGGGCCAAGAAGUUCUAUGGGAAGUUCUGCGCCGGUGCCAUCGACCAUAUCAGUAUUCGCCAGCUGCAGCUGAUGCUGCUGAAAGUCAGCCUGAUCCUGGGAGUGGAGAUUCAUGUCAACGUGGAGUUUGUUCAACUGCUGGAGCCCCCAGAGCAGCAAAAUGAAGAUGGUCCUGGGUGGCGAGCAGAACUCCGGCCAUCCAAUCAUCCGGUCUCCGAGUUCGACUUUGAUGUGGUGAUUGGAGCAGACGGCCGCAGAAGCACUUUAGAUGGUUUCAGUCGCAAAGAGUUCAGAGGGAAGUUGGCCAUUGCUAUAACAGCCAACUUUGUUAAUAGAAACACCACAGCAGAGGCUAAAGUGGAGGAAAUCAGUGGCGUCGCCUUCAUCUUCAACCAGAAGUUCUUCCUUGAACUUAAAGAGGAGACGGGAAUUGACCUGGAAAACAUUGUGUACUACAAGGACAACACCCACUACUUUGUGAUGACUGCAAAGAAGCAAAGCCUGCUGGACAAAGGGGUCAUCAUUAAUGACUACAUGGAAACGGAGCGACUGCUGAGUUCUGACAACGUUAACCAGGAGGCAUUGCUGUCCUACGCACGUGAGGCUGCUGACUUUGGCACCAACUACCAGCUCCCCUCCCUGGACUACGCCAUCAACCACUACGGACAGCCAGAUGUAGCCAUGUUCGACUUCACCUGCAUGUACGCAUCAGAGAACGCCGCCCUGAUUAGGGAGAAACACGGACAUCAGUUACUGGUUGCACUGGUGGGAGAUAGCCUUCUGGAGCCUUUCUGGCCUAUGGGAACGGGUUGUGCUCGGGGAUUUCUGGCUGCCUUCGACACUGCUUGGAUGGUGAGGGGCUGGGCACAGGGAAAGAGCCCCCUGGAAACACUGGCAGAAAGGGAAAGUAUUUAUCGUCUGCUGCCUCAGACGACUCCAGAAAACAUCAGUAAGAACUUUGAUCAGUACACCAUCGAUCCUGCUACUCGCUACCCCAACCUCAACUCCAGCUGUGUACGGCCACAACAGGUACGUCACUUAUUCAUUGAUGGUAAUUCAGGUGUGGUGGAAAAAGGAGGGCUUUCACGAAGAUCAGUCAACCUCUCCAGAAAAGAGUCCGAGGUACGGCCCGGCAGGCUCCUGACCUGGAGUCAGACCCAAACUCAGGGAUACAGAGCAGUGGAUGUCACCGACCUCACGUCGUCCUGGAGGAGCGGCCUGGCCCUGUGUGCUCUCAUUCACCGCCAGAGGCCUGAACUCAUUGACUUUGACUCCCUCAACGAGGAGGAUGUGGCGAAAAACAACCAGCUGGCGUUCGAUGUGGCUGAGCGCGAGUUCGGCAUCCAGCCAGUGACCACAGGGAAGGAAAUGGCUGCGAGAGGCGAACCAGACAAGCUGCUGAUGGUCCUCUACCUCUCCAAAUUCUUCGAGGCCUUCAGGAAGUCAUCGUUGAACAAUAAUGUUUCAAAGGAACCAAAUAAAAACGGGGAGCAAUGUCCACCUAAAGCCAACCACAGACAGCUGAACCUGCCUCAGCCCAGGAAGAGAGUACCCAGGCAUGAGAAGAAAGAGGAGGAUGAUUCUGUCAACAAAAGGCGACGGAGAGGAAGCAGCUACCUUACUGAGUUGUCCUGCCAGAGUGCGCCACCUGCUGGUGAAGAUGGAGAGCUACGGGAGAACAAGGUCCGCUCCAUGGCAACUCAGCUGCUCGCCAAAUUUGAGGAGAACUCUUCAGUGGGGAAGGCGCCCACCAAGUCUGAGGAUUCCUCUAGUCCUCCUCCUUCUCCUCCUCAGUCCCCUUCCACCACCUCUUCAUAUUCCGAUGAAGAGGAGGAAGAGGAGGAGGAAGAAAACCCCCGUUUUGCUAAACCCAAAGCUACCCCUCCUCUUUCUCCUCUUCCUCCAUCUCGUUCCAGAUGGCAGCCUUCGAUCUACCUUCGGUUGCUGGAGAAUCCCAGUUGUGUUUCUCAGCAGAGCGGUUUCCUCUCUACUAACGGUUUACCUCUGAAUCCAAACACUCGCAGUCAUUCUCCACCAUCCUCUGACGCUCAGAGCUCAGUAAACGUUCAUGGCUCUGAAGGUUAUCACACAGAAAGCUCCCAUCCCAACUCCCCAACAUGUCCUGAUUCAGGUUCUGCUCCCUCCGCCUCCGAAGCAGAUCCGUCCUCUGAUUCGUGUGCGAAGCAGAAUAAAAACCAGAGGUUGUCGACCAGAGAAUUUUCCCAGAGGAGCAUAAAAGACAGAGCUGUCCUCUUGUCCACCAUGUUUCAUGGGUCCAACAGACCGCCUGCUUCUCUCACUGUUUCUCAGGUGGAACCAUCUACCUUCUCCUCUCCUUCCUCGCCCUCUCCUCCUCCUCUGUCUCCAUCUAAAAGCUCCGCCAUGUUCCCUGCGGUGCACCCUGUUCCUGAUCCCACCGCUCAGCCUGGUUUCUCUGCUCCUCCAAACACCUCUGAACCUAAAGAGCUCUCCUCUCCUCAGCUCUGCUCCCAAUCUGAAAAAACAGAGCAACGCUCUUCUUCUCCUCCUGAUUCCUUUACAUCCAACAAUGAAACGUGUUCUUCUAUCUCUGCACCCUGCAUUAAUCCUAAUCUGAGUAUAUUCACUAAUCUUGAAAGAAUAAGCGAAGGUUCCCAGAGGAAAACUGAGCAACAGAGGGCUCAUGGAGAUGAUUUCAAAAAGGCUGAAAAGGAUCCUGCUAAGUCUGUCACCAGUGAUGGUGAGAGCCCCAGGAGAAAUCCUCCUAAAUCCCUAGUCUGCUCUGACAGCUGUCCCUCUGGAGCUCCUAGUUACAGUAAGGAGAGAGUAGUGGGAAAAGUAUCAUCAGCAAUAAAUGCAAAAGCUCAGAUACUGGCCGUCCUUUAUGAGACAGACCACAGGCCCAAUGCGCCGCCGUGCGUGCUGCGGAAGGAUUUCCCUCCUGGACUCGGCGGCAGCGACAUCUGCCACUUUUGCUCCAAACGGGUGUAUGUGAUGGAGAGACUGAGCGCUGACGGCUACUUCUUCCAUCGAGAGUGCUUCCGCUGUGACGUCUGUAACUGCACCCUCCGUCUGGGUGGACACGCCUUUGACUCGCAGGAAGGAAAGUUUUACUGCAAAAUUCAUUACAUCCAGCAUCAAUACAGCACUAACUGGGGCAGGAACAGAAGAACGACGGAAGUCCUAAAUCCCCUGAACCCCUCAGCUAUGGACAGCGGGAUCUGUUCAGCCACGGGCGGCAUCCAACCCGCAGGUGAGGCAUCCGGCAUGCCGUCAGAGCAGCUGAGAAAAGUUCAGAAAAGGUUACCUGAAGAUGCAGAAAUGGCUGUUGAUGCUCUGGAUGCUCCCUGCUUAGUAAAACCUACAAAUGAAGAAGAUGCUGCAGCCAGAAGUCAGAUGCAGGACGGCGGCAAAGGUCACUCUAACACAAAACAAAAUAAUAGAUGGAAGCGAAAGAUUCGUACAACUUUCCCUCUGAUCUUCAUCAAGCAUUUCCGCUCACGACCGGAAACUGUUCCUGAAGCUGAUUCUGACUUUGAGGAAGUCACUUCAACUAAAACAGGAAAGGAGCCAAAAACCUCCGAUGUACAGAAUCUUUCUGAGGGAAAGAAGACGAAUGAAAAGCCAUCAGCUGCAAUAAAGUCCGUCUCCAGCACAAAGAAGCGUUUGUUUUUAUCCCAGUCUGAUAAAGAGAAGCUUCUGAAUUGGGAAGAGUCCCUGAAACAACAGGAAACUCCCGUUAACAAUAGCACUACACAAGAAAAAGACAAGGUACAAGCAGAUGCAGAUAAGCUUCAGACAAACACGAGCCAGAUCGGAACAGCCUGCGCCAGCCAAACGUCUGCAUCUUCCUCCUUUGCUAUCCAGGUCAUAGCUAAUGCCUUCAGGAGAACCUUUAGUGGAGGCAGUCAGCCUAGCAGCUCCAAGACUGCAGUUGUAAUGAGGCCCAAAGAUGACGUCCCACGUAGACCGAGGCCCAUGUCUGAAGGAGCAUUUAGCUUCAGCUCACUUUUCAGUCCUUCAGAGUCAUCAACAGCAGAGAAGAGGACAAGCAUGCAUGAUAUCAAAUGGGCGUCUGUGGGAGCAGACCCAUGGGGGGAGGGGCAAAACCUACCUACCUUAUUGGAGCAAGUGUCCCUGAAAAGUCGGAGAGACUCUGAAGGGGUGUCAGGGGAGCUUUGUUCACUGCCCCGUAAAAGGGUAGAUUUAUUCUCAUCUCUUAGGCUCAGAAAGAGGGGCCUAUUGGAUGGUGAAAGGAAGGGACAAGAAGCUCAAAAGGAAAUAAAGACUUUUCUGUCCAACCUACGAAAUCAAGCUUCAAGUCAGCAGAGUUUGGAAAAGCUUUCAUCAAGCGAUGAUGAUGAAAGUGAAAAGCUGACAUCCAACAAGCUAUCCUCUGAAAGACUAAGGAAAAAGCAGGAAAAGACGGUGGCCCAGCAGGCUAAACGAGAACAGUUGAAGAGGCUUCAUCGAGCUCAGGUGAUCCAGAGACAACUGGAGGAAGUGGAAGAGAAACAGCGGGAUCUAGAGGAAAGAGGAGUGACAAUAGAGAAGAUCAUUAGAGGGGAAGACUCCCAUCACACAGAGGAACUUGACGACACCGAGCUCUAUCAAGCCUGGUUUAAGCUUGUUCUGGAAAAGAAUAGGUUGGCACGCUACGAGUCAGAGCUCAUGAUCUUUGCCCAGGAGCUUGCGUUGGAAGACACCCAAAGCCGGCUGCAGCAGGAUCUAAGACGCAGAAUGGCAAUUGAAGAUACAGAUAAGAGUGCUUCUGAGCUCCAAGAGGAGAAGGAGAUCCUGGUUGAGAUCAUGAGGACGGUGGAGAAACGGGAUCUGCUAGUCUCCAUAUUGGAUGAGCAGAGGUUGAAGGAGAGGGCCGAGGACAAGGACCUGGAAAGCCUGGUUUUGUCCAGGGGCUACGAGUUUCACUGGGCUUGAGGGAGCAGCAUCCUGAGGCAGGAGAAGCUGGAAUGAGCUCUGGUUGUGGAUAUGUUCAGCAAAACCGUUUGCUUUCUAAUUGGCCUAUUUUAAGUUGGUGUAGAUGCACAUUUUUUGAUAGCUGAAGCCUUUAUUUACCCUAAUAAAGCUUAUUUUUAUUUGGCCUUGGGUUGGUAUACUUUAUGUAGAAUCCAACAAGGAACAAAAGGGCUUCAGAUAAAAAACUAUAUAUAUUCAAUAACUGAGGUUGUUGAAUAUUUGCGAUUUGAUUUCAAACUUACAAUAAACUCAGAUACUUUAUUGUGGCCGCUUGCAAACCUGAACGCUUUGGGCUGCUUCCAGUUCUAAGACCGUUCCUUUUGUGUUCGACCAAUUACUGGUAAACUUUAACUGGCGAGGACAACACUGGACACUUUUCUGAGGUUUAUGUACGUUUUGCACAGAGUGAACUGAUUUAAAUCAAAGUGUUGAUUCCAAAAGAUGCCUUGUAUGUAAAAAUCACUGUUUGUUACUUUGCGUGGAGCUGUGCGUCUCACUGUUAUUUCUUUUCCAUCCUUGAUAUUUUGUUUAAAGUAUUUGCAACCUGACAAAGAAACAAGAGUUAGGAUUUCUGCCUGACCUUCUGGCUUACUCUCAGGGUAUAAAAUAGAUGCUCCACCGGUGGGCCAUCUUCCAAAUCAGAGCCCACCAACCCACUGCAGAUGCAGCACAUGUUCACAAAAUCCAGAUGUUCACUGUUUUCUCUUUCUGCUCCACAGUGAAUGUUUACUCCUUCCGCCACUCGCUUUUUGUCUGACACUGAAGAGCUUCAUGUCUAUAUAUCAGCAUUUAUGAUAAUGAGUGAUAUGUUUACAUUUUUUUUUGUCAUGAAAAAAGUCAAAAUGCCUGUCAUUAUUUCUCCUGUUAUGGACAUUUGCUGUUUUUUUUAUGUGCUGUGAAUUUAUUAAAAAUAAAAAUUAAUCUUAUAGUAUGUCAUAAAAGCAUGAAUCUGUACUUUGUUUUAUGUGCAUGAAAUAGAAAAAAAAGCCUUAAAUAAAAAUAAUUUGAUACGGUC